AUGUCUCAAGAAUUUAGCUUUGACGAACACUCGCAUCGUCGUUUUAACCCUUUGAUUGAUUCUUGGGUUUUAUGCUCUCCACAUCGAACCAAACGACCUUGGCAAGGUCAACAAGAAAUAGUAGAGUACGAGUCAAAACCAGAAUAUGACCCAAAGUGUUACCUUUGCCCGGGAAAUUUACGGGCACAAGGUAAAAAGAACCCAAAUUACUCCGAUACAUUUAUCUUCAUAAACGAUUUUGCUGCCUUAAAAGUCGAGCAACCUCAAUUACAUCUUGAGGAUUCCAAUGAUAAAUUCGCGUCAUUGUUAAAGGCCGAAAGUGUCAGAGGCGAGUGUAAAGUCAUCUGUUUCUCUCCGAAGCACAACAUCACCAUAGCAGAGAUGUCAGAAGAAGUCGUUGUUCAUGUCAUCCAGAGCUGGAUUAAAGUUUACCAAAGCGCUAUCGCAGUUCCCCAUAUCAAUUACGUGCAAAUCUUUGAGAAUAAGGGGUCGAUCAUGGGGUGCUCAAAUCCUCACCCGCACUGUCAGGUUUGGAGCACCGAAUCGAUUCCCGAAGAACCUCGCAAGGAAAUGGUGUCUAUGACCAAAUACUAUGAAAAAAAUAAUUCUUGCAUGUUAUGUGAUUAUGUUCAGCUUGAAACCACCAAACUAGUGGAUAAGCCAAGAGUGGUUUGUGAAAAUGAUUCAUUCGUAUGUGUUACUCCAUACUGGGCCGUUUGGCCUUACGAAACAAUGGUGAUUGCAAAAUUUCAUUUCACAAGUUUGGGUGAGAUGGACGAAAAAGUCGAAAAUGGAAAGAAGCGACAGUGUGAUCUUGCAAAUAUAAUCGUAAGGAUCACAUGCCGUUACGACAACGUUUUUAAAUGUUCCUUUCCUUAUUCCAUGGGAAUUCAUCAAGCACCAGCAGAUGGAGGGGAUCACUCGCAUGAUUCACACUUUCAUUUGCACUUUUAUCCUCCAUUGUUGAGGAGUCCGACGGUCAAAAAAUUUUUGGUUGGAUAUGAACUGCUUGCCGAACCGCAACGUGACCUUACCCCGGAACAUGCCGCAAGUACAUUAAAACAAUGUUCUGAGAUACAUUAUAAACAUGAGAAGGUCAAUGUUUAA